UUGCAUCAGACGCAGGGAGGCAGUGAGACUCAUGUGGCUCUGUCGUGUUUGCUAACUUAAGCUGACGUCUCUCUGUGUUUCAUUCAAAGAGAUGGCCACUCUCUAUGUGUCCCCCCACCCUGAUGACUUCAGGAGCCUUCUGGCUCUCUUAGCUGCAGAGUUUUGUCCUUCAUCUCGCCCUCGAACCAUCACAGAAAACCCUCCUGCGUCGCUGAAUGCCAGAGCCAGACCGACUCUGGUGCUGGGAGCCGGAGAAGGUGACACUGUCCUGAGUGGUGCCAGUGCUGUUGCAUGGUAUCUGGCCUCUCAGGGGAAGACGUCUGGUGUUGGUGUGAAGCAACAGAGCCAGGUGUGGCAGUGGCUGAGCUUUGCAGACAAUGAACUCACCCCUGUGUCUUGUGCUGUGGUCUUCCCACUGAUGGGGGUGAUGGGAGUAGAUAAGAAGCUCCAACAGAGUUCACGUGCAGAGUUGCUGCGUGUUCUAAAGGUUCUCAAUCAGGCACUGGAACCAAAAACCUUCCUGGUGGGAGAGAGCAUCACCCUGGCUGAUAUGGCUGUUGCUACAGCUAUCCUCCUACCGUUCAAAUAUGCAUUGGAGCCUUCAGACCGGAAGAUGUUGGCCAAUGUUACCAGGUGGUUUACAACCUGCAUUAACCAGCCACAGUUUCUUAAAGUGCUGGGGAAGAUCUCUCUGUGUGAGAAAAUGGCACCAGUUACACAGGUGGCAGCUGUUGCUUCGGAAGUUAAAGUUGUUAAUGGUGGUCCUGCUGCUGAUUCUGCCGGAACCGCAGAUGAUGGUCCCCCAAAGACAGAAGCUCAGCUAAAGAAGGAAGCAAAGAAAAGAGAAAAGUUGGAAAAGUUCCAGCAGAAGAAGGAUAUGGAGGCAAAGAAAAAAACACAGCCAGCAACAGAGAAAAAAGCCAAACCUGAGAAGAAAGAACUGGGAGUGAUCACAUACAACAUCCCUACUCCUCCUGGGGAGAAAAAAGAUGUCAUCAGUCCACUUCCUGACUCCUACAGUCCUCAGUAUGUGGAGGCUGCAUGGUAUCCAUGGUGGGAGAAGCAGGGACUCUUCAAGCCUGAGUAUGGGAGGAAGAGCAUCAGUGAGCAGAACUCUCGUGGCAUGUUCAUGAUGUGCAUCCCACCACCUAAUGUGACUGGAUCACUUCACCUGGGUCAUGCACUCACCAAUGCCAUUCAGGACUCUCUGACCAGAUGGCACAGGAUGCGAGGCGAGACCACGCUGUGGAACCCGGGCUGUGACCACGCUGGCAUUGCCACACAGGUGGUGGUGGAAAAGAAGCUGAAGAGAGAGAGGGGUAUGAGCCGCCAUGACCUGGGCCGGGAAAAGUUCAUUGAGGAAAUCUGGAAGUGGAAGAAUGAGAAGGGAGACCGCAUCUACCACCAGUUGAAGAAACUUGGCUCCUCUCUGGACUGGGACAGAGCCUGCUUCACCAUGGACCCUAAACUUUCCUAUGCAGUCCAAGAGGCCUUUAUCCGCAUGCAUGAAGAAGGAGUGAUCUACAGGAGUAAGAGGCUGGUCAACUGGUCCUGCUCUCUAAAUUCUGCCAUCUCUGACAUUGAGGUGGAUAAGCGGGAACUCACUGGCAGGACUCUCUUGCCUGUGCCUGGUUACAAAGAGAAAGUGGAGUUUGGGGUCCUGGUGUCUUUUGCUUACAAGGUUGAUGGAUCAGAUGAGGAGGUGAUUGUGGCCACAACUCGUAUUGAGACAAUGCUGGGAGAUACUGCUGUAGCCGUCCACCCUGCCGACCCCAGAUAUCAGCAUCUGAAGGGGAAAACGGUGCUGCAUCCCUUCUGUGACCGCAGGAUGCCCAUUGUCAUGGAUGAGUUUGUGGACAUGAACUUUGGAACAGGUGCUGUCAAAAUCACCCCAGCUCACGACCAUAAUGACUACGAGGUUGGAGAGAGACACAAUCUGGCCUUCAUCAACAUCUUGGAUGAGAAUGGCCUGCUCAUUAAUGUGCCUCCUCCCUUCCUGGGCAUGAAGCGCUUUGAGGCCAGGAAGGCAGUGCUGCAAGCUCUCACUGACAGAGGCCAGUUUAAAGAAAUCAAAGAUAACCCUAUGGUUGUUCCAGUCUGCAGUCGUUCCAAGGACAUCGUGGAGCCGCUGCUGAAGCCACAGUGGUAUGUGAGCUGCGCAGACAUGGGGAAGCAGGCGGCUGAUUCUGUUAGAGAGGGACGUCUCAAAAUCAUCCCUGAGCACCACCUCAAGACCUGGUUCAACUGGAUGGACAACAUCAGGGACUGGUGCAUCUCUCGUCAGCUGUGGUGGGGUCACCGUAUCCCUGCUUACUUCAUCACUGUCCAUGAUCCAUCUGUGAAACCAGGAGAGGACAUGGACGGUCAUUACUGGGUGAGUGGGAGAACGGAGGAGGAGGCCAGAGAGAAGGCAGCACAACGCUUCCAUGUGUCUGUGGAUAAAAUUUCCCUCAGACAGGAUGAGGAUGUUCUGGACACUUGGUUCUCAUCUGGCAUUUUCCCCUUCUCUAUCUUUGGAUGGCCCAAUGAGUCCGAGGACCUGAACGUGUUCUAUCCUGGCACCCUGCUGGAGACGGGCCAUGACAUCCUGUUCUUCUGGGUAGCUCGUAUGGUGAUGAUGGGCCUCAAACUGACGGGCAAACUGCCCUUCAAAGAGGUGUAUCUGCAUGCGGUGGUGAGAGACGCCCACGGAAGGAAGAUGAGCAAAUCUCUGGGCAACGUCAUUGACCCUCUGGAUGUCAUUACAGGGAUCUCCCUCGAGGGUCUUCAUGCCCAGUUGAUAGAAAGCAACUUGGAUCCUCUGGAGGUGGAGAAGGCAAAGCAGGGCCAGAAGUCAGAUUACCCAAAUGGUAUCCCAGAGUGUGGCACAGAUGCUCUCCGCUUUGCACUGUGUGCCUACACCAGCCAAGGUCGGGAUAUCAACCUGGAUGUCAACCGCAUCCUUGGUUACCGUCAUUUCUGCAACAAACUGUGGAACGCCGUGAAGUUUGCCAUGAAGACUCUGGGAGACAACUUUGUACCUUCAGAGAAAGCCCAGCUGUGUGGAGAUGAGAGUGUGUCAGACAGGUGGAUUCUGUCUAGACUGUGUGCUGCUGUGGGCUUGUGUGACACUGGCUUUAAAGCCUAUGACUUCCCAGGCAUCACCACCGCCAUCUACAACUUCUGGCUGUAUGAACUCUGCGAUGUCUACCUGGAAAGUGUCAAACCGGUGUUCAGUAAAGCAGAGGAAGACAGCGUCAGCCAGAGACAGGCGCUGGUGUGCAGACAGACACUUUACACCUGUUUAGAGGUCGGUCUACGCAUUCUGUCUCCUGUGAUGCCCUUUGUCACUGAGGAGCUCUACCAGAGGUUACCACGGAGACGGCCUCAGAGCGAUCCACCCAGCAUCAGUGUCACACCAUACCCCGACACUGCGGAGUUCUGCUGGCACAGUGAGGAAAUCGACCGCGACAUGGACUUCAUAAUGACCGUGAUAAAGACGACCCGGUCACUCAGGUCGGACUACAACCUGAACAAGCUCCGGACUGACUGUUAUCUUCAGUGCAUAGACUCGACAACAGCGUCCCUGGUGCAGAAGUACAGUCUGCAGAUUCAGACCUUGACGUAUUCUCAGGCCGUCAUCCCUCUGACAGCUAACCAGCCUGUCCCUGAGGGCUGUGCUGUGGCUAUUGCCUCUGACAGAUGUACUGUCAACCUUUUGCUCAAGGGUCUCAUUGACGUGGAGAAGGAGGUAGCGAAGCUGAUGACAAAGCAAUGUGACUUGGAGAAACAGAUAGAGAAACUGAAAGACAGGAUGAUGAAGAACGACUACAAGGAGAAGGUGCCGGUGAAGGUGCAGGAGCAAGAUGCAGAGAAGCUACGGCAGAGCCAAACUGAACUUGAGAAAGUGAACGAGGCUGUGAGCAACUUCAGGAAAAUGAUGUAACUUUACACCGCAGCAUGAUGGAAUUAGGAUUUAUUUCCACUUCUUUCAAGCUAAUUUUCAUAGUCCAAGAUGAGUUUGGUAAGAAGGGAAUUCAAAUAAAGCUUAGAUCAUGAUCGUC